AUGCUUACAGAGAAAAAAGACACGUCUAAAGGCGAUCUUUUGAACGAUUUUUUGUUUUUAGGAAACGAUGAGGAAGCUAGGGAUAGCGCCGGCGAUAGCGGCCCUCGAGAGGGCAGUCGCAACGUAAGUAGUAGUUCUGAUGCUAUUGAUGCUGCAGACCUAUUUGACCAGUAUAUUAAUAAGGAUAUGUUGAUGGAAUCGAUAGAGGACGAUUCUUCUCCUGGUUUACUCAAAUUGGAUUUUGUGUCCCCUGUGAAGAUGGAAAACCAGCUACGUACGAAUGUUGAUUUAUUGAAGUUAGAUACUGAUGAAAUUAUGGAUGUGAAUGAGCAUGAGGAUGUUGACGAUCAGAUGAAUGCUUCUGGCGGUGUUACAGAUGUCCACGACGAUUUGACUAGGGAAAAUGUCGAACAAUGGAAACUGGGAGAUGAGAAACAUAGCAGUAAUAACACCGGAGUGCCAAUGCAGAAUCUUACAUAUUACCAACAAAGUGAACGGUUACUUACCCAUGGGAUGGAAUUUGGUAGAACACGUCCUUUCAAGACGGUAUAUUUGAACCCAACUGAUUUUCUCCCCAAGGAUGAUGAUGAUAUCUCAUUGCCAUACAAAUUGAAUGUAGAUGGAAUCCCCUCUGUAUCUAGAGUGGAAACUCAAAUUAAAGUCAACGUCUCGAUUUCCCCUCCACCUCCACAGUAUAUGAUCCAUUUACCGACAGAUAGUAUAACGAAACAGAAGCUUUAUUUGACUCACGAUAUAACAGAGUACCCCAUCGAGGUGAGGAGGCAGAUGUUGUUUUUGGAGACUUUUUUGCUUUGCUCGUCAACAAAUAAGACCACAUACGUUUGUGCCAGGUGUGUGAAAAGAGAACAACGUAGAGCUGCGAGACGGAAAUCUGGUGUAAGUGAUAAUCUGCUUUGGUGUAACAACGAUAACAAGAGAGCUAUUGUUUUUAAUAGCAAACAAGUCCUCUUAAUGAAAGAACAUGAAUGCAAUGAAAACUCUAAAAAUUUCUCUUUGAUGACCCGUAUCGUAUGUUACUGCAGACAUCAUAAGGAGCCAGAAGGUUUCAAGGUGUUGAUGGUUCUACGAGAUGCAGAUGAUAAUAUCUUGGCAAGAACAGUGACAAACAGUAUUGUUAUUAUGGAUAAAAAGACGACAAGCAAGGGUAAAUCUAGUGACAACCGUACCAGCGAUGGUUAUGUCAAGGAUGAAGAUUCUAUGACAGGACAAGCCAGCGAUUAUAGUAACUCCGAAUCCUACGUGAGUAUGAAAGCUGAGGACUCUUCAGCGCCAGUACGGCUUUCUAUACCAAAAGGUAUGCCCUCUCCAACUUCCAUUACGGAGGAUUCUUCAGAAAAUGUCCAUACCGACCAUGGUCCAGUAAACCCGACUACUCCUGGCUUUUUCCACUCUUCUGCAGCUGCCUCGGCAAGAACGAAUGGUUAUAAACGUCCAAGAAGCUCUAUAGACGGUACCAAUAAGUCAGAACGCUCGUUGUCUAAUUCUUCAACCUCAGUAACUACAGCUUUGGAUGUUUCUUCUUCGAUAUCUGGUCCACCUCAUUCUUUGUUACAAAAUAAACAACCAAACUUGUUAUCUCAAAUGGGGUCUGUGAAACCUGCUGCUGCAGGUAUCGCAGCACCAGUACAACAACAACAGGCAGCUUUUCCAAGGCCUAACGUGCUAGUGCAGCAGAUGGGUUCGUCUACAACGAAUACUGUUCCCGAAUCCGGCCCAAAACCAUUUAUUCAACGUGUUAUUCCUGCUCAAGGUCCUAUCAAAGGUGGCAUCGAAGUGACACUAUUGGGUUCCAAUUUCAAACCUAAUAUGAUUGUUAAAUUCGGCGACAAUAGAGCUUUAUCUACUCAGUGUUGGAGUGAAAGUACCAUCGUUACAUAUUUACCACCAACUUCGAAACCGGGUCAAGUACUAGUUUCUGUUUUCGAAAGAGAAGAUCAUGGUAAUGAACAACUGUUGGGUAACAUGUCAAACAGUAGGGCUAUUUUUACAUACGUGGACGAUACCGAUCGUCAAUUGAUUGAACUAGCUUUGCAAAUCGUGGGACUCAAAAUGAAUGGUAAAUUGGAAGAUGCAAGAAACAUUGCCAAGAGAAUUGUUGGAAGUGAUGGUGGCUCCUCGAAUGGUUCGACACCAAGUUCAAACAUCUCGCCCUCGACGAACUAUAACGCUGACUCAUAUGCCACUAACUCCAGCAACCAGGUAUACUACUCAGACGAAAUGUUAAUAUUGAAAGUCGUGAAAUUGCUAAACCCUGGCUCGAACCUAUCCAUGUGUAACUCAGAUGGACAAACUAUGUUACAUUUGGCAUGUUUGAAGGGUUACUUCCAUCUGGUUUCUGCCUUGGUCAAAAAAGGUGCUAGAGUUGACGUUACUGAUUCAUUCGGUUUCACACCAUUGCACUUUGCUUGCAUCAACGGUGAUGUCAAGGCUAUCCAACUCUUAGUAGAAUGUAAGGCCAACGUUACAGCAAGGGCAGACAACGGUGUCGAUGCUCUCGAUCUAUACAAGUCGCAGCAUGUUUCGGCUGCAGAGAAAAACAACUCCUACAUCGAAGAUGCUCUGCGCUUAUUGGCCACGCAUGAUGGUGGCAUUGAAAAAAACGAAUUAGAAGACGAGUUGAAAAUGUUUGGAAGAAAAUCAAGCACCUCCAGUUUCCAUUCCAGCGUAUUCGAUGCAGAAUCUUUGGACUCUGUUGAUUACGGCUUCCAAGUUCAUGUUUCCAAGAUGGUGCAGGAUACAUUAUCGGACGAUUCAGAGUACGAAUUCAGUGGUUAUGACGAAAUGAGUGAAUUGGACGAUGAAGUACAGGACGAUACUUCACUAACCAUUGCUCAGCGGGAAUCCCAGUUGCAACUCUCGACAUAUGUGCAUCCCUACAGAGCAGACGGCACUGGUACGACAGUCAAGCCAUCGGAAGAAUUAAGCCAGGAUAACGGUGAAGAGCAAGAAGGCGACAGGUCGGCUCGUACUCCAGAAGGACUACCUAAAUAUGAAGAUUUAUUCCCAGUAUCUGGAUUGAACACAAGCAAGAACAAGGUCACCGAAUUGAGCCUCUCUAUCGUCAGAGAGGCCAGUGUCGAUACUGCUCCGGAUUCACACGAUUCUCAAACUUCAGAAACGUCCGAGGAUGAAGAAGAAGCCCUACAAGUAAGAUUGAACAGAUUCUUCCAACAACGCCAAAACUUCAGAAACGAUAAGAUGUUGAUUUUCUUCUGGAUUCCCGUCAUGGUUAUCCUAUCAUCUGCGUUCCUAGCAUUCCAAUUUGGGAGAGACGGUAACAAGAUUCAUCAUAUCUCGGAAACGGUAUCCGAAAACUUAAGAACUUGGAUGGCAAAAACUUUACUAGGUAACGACAGAAUGAAGGCUGCGUUUAGAGAAUCCAUCCAUAACCUACAAAAUCAUAGACUGCUGGGAGAAGGAAACUACCUGGUCUAG